AUGACCAUUUUUUCUUUCUUCUAUUUUCAGGCGAACAAUUUCUUUCUUUCUUUCUUUCUUUCUUUCUUUCUUUCUUUCUUUCUUUCAUUCUUUUUUUCUUUCUCUCUUUCUUUCUUUCUUUCUUUCUUUCUUAGUCACUGUCAAUGUGACCAUCAUAGGUGUUUCCGGUUGAUAAGCUAUCUAUCUAUCUAUCUAUCUAUCUAUCUAUCUAUCUCAUUCUAUUCAUUGCUAUGUAUCCAUCUCACUUUAUUCAUAUCUCUCUACCUCUCUAUCUCCCUAUCUCCCUAUCUAUCUAUCUAUCUAUCUAUCUAUCUAUCUAUCUAUCUAUCUAUCUAUCUAUCAGUUUAUUCAUAUCUAUCUAUGUAUGUUAGUUUAUUCAUUAUAUAUUUAUCUAUCUAUACAUCGGCUUGUCUUUAUCUAGAUAUUUAUAAAAAAAUAUCUUGGAAAACUUAA